AUGGAUUCCUACAAUAAUCACCUGCAAGAUCCUAUGUUUUCCAACGCAGUAGCCGGCUCUUUGCAUAACUCCUCGCACGCUCAGGACCUCGACAUCGACCAUGUACAACACAAUCUCAAUGCGUAUCACCCCCAUCAUCAGCAGAGUUCCGCCUUCAAUGCCCGCUCAUCCUUCAACUCAUACCCCAACACCACUCGCCUUUCGAUAUCGACAGGAACGAAUCCGCGAUUGGCGUACACGAACGGUGGUCAGUCCCAUCUGACGUCUCCGACUAUGUCGCACAUGCAAUUCAUGGAUCCGCGGGCAUCGCUGGACGGAUACGCGAAUAUGGGCGCGAGGCAGGCGCCUCCGCCGCCCGCGACUCAAGGCCACGUCCUGCCGGGCUCACAGAUUCAGAUAUCUUCGCAGACCCCGUAUGGGCCACACGUCGCUUCAGGCCCGACUGCUGCUGGCAUGCUGCCGGCUGGUGUAUCGUUCCUCAACAACGCUCCGCCUCAUGGGUCCGCGGCGCAACACCCUCCUCCUACUGGCCAGCAGCAAGGCCCUGUGCAGCACGAAGAGAUAUCGACUAUCUUUGUUGUCGGAUUCCCGGAUGACAUGCAGGAGCGUGAAUUUCAGAACAUGUUCACGUUCUCGUCGGGCUUCGAGGCUGCGACCUUGAAGAUACCGAACAAGGAGUCGACCUCGUAUGGCGCCGGCGCCAAUGCGUCCACCCGCUACGCUCCCCACAACGACCCGUACAAUCUCGUUACCGUGAACCAGGGCGGUGUUGUCGUCGACGGUGGUAGGGACGGCACCAUGUCAUCGUGGCCUCCUGCUCCGGAAGACGCCCAGCUGCCGGCACCUCAGCCCUCGAACAACAACACGCCUCAGCGCAAGCAGAUAAUCGGCUUCGCGAAGUUUAGGACCCGCGAGGAAGCCAUCUCUGCCAGAGAUGCGUUGCAAGGUCGUCGUGUUGACAUGGAGAAAGGCUCUGUGCUCAAAGCUGAGAUGGCGAAGAAGAAUCUGCACACGAAGCGCGGUGUCGGCAUCGGAACGACUGGCUAUAGUCAGCCUCCCAGUUCGAACCCCGCCAUGAAUUCUGCGGCGGCUAAUCUUCUCAGCGGCGGUCUCCAGAACGUCAACAACCUGCCAAUGAUGCCCAGCUACAACGCGGGCCAGGAUGCCAUGUUUUCGGCCGCUCUGCCAAGCGGAGGCGGUACGGAGGUCCUUUCGGCGAGGGAGCGCGAGCUCGGUGCCAUCGGCGCGAUGGGUCUUGGUUCGCAACGCCCUACCUGGCGCGAGAUGCACAAGGACGCUGUCAGCGACGACGAGCGUGGUCCCAUGCCUCUCAACAUGCGUGGUAUGCGCGAUCAGGCCCAAGAUGACAUACGUCGCGUGAACGGAGUCCAGGAUGCGUUUCGGGCCAUGACCGCCCUGUCGCCCACCUCCGAAACCAAUGGCUACUUCCACAACGAUCCGCUCUGGGCAAAGGUUCACUCCGCGCCGCAAGCGAAGUUCCCACCUCGCCCACCGAGCUCUUCCCGGCGGUCGACGUCACCUGAGACGUCCUCGACCUCGCAGCGGGACUUCUCGCCGCCGGACGAUCGCAAGCCGGACAUGCGCCGGCCGUCGCAGAGCAGCGCUUCCAGCGUGAGCGGGUCCGUGGACGCACAGAGCACGAAGAGUGCGACGGGCUUGAGCGACGACGAAUCGAUGGUGAGGGGGAUGAGGUCGCUGGCGCUCAAUGUUGCGAAUGCCAACGCGGCGCCCGUCUCGGCGCCCAAUGUAUAUGGUGCUGUUGGUCAUGACACCGGCGCUACGUCCCCUCAGCUCCCCUCGCCGGGGUCGAGCUCGGCAAGCACCAGCACACGCCACUCCGUGGAUGCCAAUCCUCCCAUCAACACGCUCUACGUCGGUAACCUCCCGUCCUCUGUGACGGGGCACCCGCCGGAGCAUCUGGAGGACUCCCUCAAGGCGCUCUUCGCCGCACAGCCAGGGUACCGCAGGUUGUGCUUCCGGCAGAAGAGCAACGGGCCCAUGUGCUUCGUCGAGUUUGAGGACGUUAGCUUCGCCACGAAGGCCCUGAACGAUCUGUACGGGCACACGCUCGACGGACUCGUGAAAGCGCCCGGCAUACGUCUGUCAUACAGCAAGAAUCCGCUGGGUGUUCGCACUCCGACAAGUGCCGGGAGCAAUGGCUCUUCCCUCCAGCAACAGCAGCAGACUCCCCUCGUCUUCCCUCUCGAAGCGUUCGCGCCGCGCGGGGAUGAGCGCCGCCGGGAUGCGACCGUGUCACCGCCGCCCGUGUUCGGCAACAACUACAUGGGCUCGCCACCUCCGCGGUUCUCGUCGCCCAACUAUGGCGGGUCGCUGCCGGCUAGCAACUUCUCCCUCGGCGGCUCGAUGUACGGCGGGUUCAGCAACAGCAACAACCCUGCGAGCUUCGCGAACUUCUCGCUCGCCACCCCUCAGCUGGGCUCAUACAACGAGCAGGCUUCGGACAUGGGCCGGCCGCUGUCGCCGCAGCACACCAUAGAGGCCACCAGGGCCGCCUGA